AUGGAUGAUGAUCAACUGAAUCUUGAAGCGGUUAAUUUUUACUCUAAUCUGUAUGGUGAGCAUCUUGGGCCAAUGAGAGAUUUCCCAUCUGUUGCUUUCUCGUGCCUUAAAGAUGAGGAUUUUAAUAUUCUCAACAGACAAGUGUCGGAUGAGGAAAUUAAAGCCGCUCUUUUUUAUAUGGCACCCUUGAAAGCUCCAGGGAAGGAUGGUUUUCAUGCCUUAUUUUAUCAAAGUCAAUGGGAUCAUGUUGGUACAUUGGUCUUGGUCUUUUCGAAGCACUUAGCUCUCGGGCAAGUUGGUUUUGUUGCAAGAUGGAAUAUCACUGAUAACAUUAUCAUUGCUCAAGAGGUUAUUCAUUCCAUAAGAGGUAUGCAGAAAAACAGGAAAUGGAUGGCCAUCAAAAUUGACUUGGAAAAGGCCUUUGAUCUAGUCUUGUGGAAUGGUGUCCCAACCCAGAAAUUUCGACCAGCUAGGGGCGUUCAUCAAGAAUGUCCUUUAUCUCCUUAUUUGUUUAUUCUUUGCAUUGAGUGGUUAGGUCACAGUAUCCGUAAUGCUAUUGAUUUGGGUAAUUGGUCUCCUAUUAGGCUGUCCUGUGGUGGCCCACUGUUAUCUCAUCUUUUCUUUGCCGAUGACUUGAUACUCUUUGGUCAUGCUGAUGAGAAUCAAGCUCAAGUCAUUAAAAACAAAGUCACCAACAAUACUUUGAUUUUUGUGGUGGAAAUGGUGCAUAAUAAAUUGUCUAGCUGGGAUGCCAGUCAGCUUUGUUUAGCUGGAAGGGUUACUUUGGCGCAAUAUGUUCUUCUCUCGAUUCCAAGUUAUUUCAUGCAGAUAAUGAUGGUUCCCAAAGGUGUCUGUGAUGAGAUCGAGCGCGUGCUUCGGUCAAAAUAUAGAGUCCCUAGAUAUUUACCAAAUGACUUGUCAAUGAGUCGGUGUUCCUUUUUAUGGAGAUCCAUUUCUAAGUAUGGUUACAGAUUGACUGGCUCUUUCUCUCUCAAAAGUGCUUACGAGAAGGUUUGUGAAGGAACUUUCAACUUAAAAGAGUGGCUCUGGGCAAUACCAUGGAAGUUUCACAACCCUCAUCGGAUUCGUUUUUUCAUCUGGUUGGCUCUAAAACAAUGUCUCUUAACAAAUGCUAAUAGGGUAAGAUGCGGCUUUUGGAGUAGCAGUGCUUGUGGCCUUUGUGGACAUGAUUAUAAAGAUGUUUUGCAUAUACUCAGAUAUUGUAAUGCUGCCAGAGGCAUUUGGGACAAGCUUAUUCCACAACAAGAUCUUUCUAUUUUCUAUUCUGGAUCUCUUCUCGACCAGAUGAGGAAUAAUUUUCAGAGCCAUUUUUCUUCUUGGGGUGGAAACGAUUGUCCAUGCUUCGCUGCAGAUGGUGGUUGUGUGAGAGACCAUAAUGGUGAGUGGAUCAUUGGGUUCGCCAAAUAUUUGGGCAAUUGCACCAUUUUAGAGACAGAGCUUUGGGGAAUAUUAGAUGAGCUGAACCUUAUUCUGGAUAGGCGUUUCGAGAAAAUCCUAAUCCAAACUGAUAGUAUUGAAGCUAUUAAUGUAAUCUUAGAAGAUUCUUCGGGGAACUCUAACUCUGCCUUAGUUAGGAAAAUUCAUAUUAUAUUGAGGAAGAUGGAGCAGUGGAAAAUUCAGUAUAUUCCCAGAGAGGAAAACUUAAUUGCUGAUAGUCUAGCUAAGUCAGUUCAUAUAGGAGCCUAG